AUGAUUGUUCUGAUUCCAGGUCUUUUAAAGCGUCUGGGGAUGAACGAUGGUCAGCUGGAUGUGCAAACCACGCUCGAAUCUCCCCUCCUGGCGCUCGGCAUCGGGCUGCCCGGCCACAGCAACAGUCCCAUCACGUAUCUAAAUCACAUCCCACUUCUCGCAAAGUCGGAACGUGGAUUUCAAAAUAUGUCAGCCACGACCGAUCCUUCCACCACAGCGGAGACGAACCCCGUGGGCUUAUGGCACUUACCCCAGCUGCUUCCGCCCCCGGGUUAUGUGGUCGUGACUCGAGAAUACUCUGCUGCGCAGUUCAGUAUGGAGGCGCUUCACACGCGUGAUUGGAUGAGAAAUGUCCAGGCUUCACCCCCCAUGGACGCGAUUCAAGCAUUCUAG